AUGAGCUCAGCAGCCGCAGCCCGCCAACAAUCGCCCCCGUCGCAGAAUCCUCCCGAUCAGUCCAAUGAAGAUGGAGGUAAAACCAUUGCGAACGGGGCAUCACCCAGCCUUGUGCCUCCUCCCUCCGCCCCUCCAUCUCUCGUGAACGCCGUCAAGGGUAUAAGCAAUAAUGCCCACGACCCCCUCCUGACUCUGCGCGAAAAGCCCAUCGCCACCAUCUUGGGCGAAAACUUUGACUCACCAUACGCCCGAAGCGCCACUUCAACUGCUCCAGGUUCUCCUCGAAUUCCUCCUGUGCGCCAAAACUCCGGAAGCCACACCCCACGCGUACGACCGCACGCGACUACGUUGAGCAUCCCCGGUAUGACGAGAUCGAGAGUGUCGCCAGAUGGCAAGAUCGCAGGAAGAGAUGUCAGUGCCAAGCUUGUCAUCAUCAUGGUCGGCCUGCCCGCGCGGGGCAAGUCAUACAUCACCAAGAAAAUCACCAGAUACUUGUCAUGGCAGCAACACGACACAAGGAUAUUCAAUGUCGGCAAUAGAAGGCGGAUUGCUGCUGGUAUUCAGUCCCCACAUGCGGACAUCGGUCCCAAUAAGGAGGCGACGGGUGUCGACGGACGACUGCAGGCUGCCACGGUCCUUCUGAAUGGCGUUGCUGCCCCCCAGGUGGAUGAACCUACGGCCUUGGAUCUGAACGACUCGAAGUCCGAGAAAACGGUACUGGACUCGAGCAAUUUUCCCCCAGCAGAUAAGGAUGACGGAGACCAUGAUGUUAACACCAUUACCCAGUCCGCCAGUUUCUUCGACCCCAAGAACACGACCGCCAGAGCCCUCCGUGAGAAAGUGGCCAUGGAUACACUGAACGAGCUGCUGGACUACCUCAUCAACGGUGACGGUGCGGUUGGAAUCCUGGACGCGACCAACUCGACGAUCCACCGGCGGGACCUCCUUGUGCAGAAGAUACGCGAGAGAGAGCCAAAGCUGGGAAUCCUGUUCAUCGAGAGCAUCUGCCACGACAAGCAUUUGCUCGAAGCCAACAUGCGCCUCAAGCUGUCUGGCCCGGAUUACAAGGACAAGGAUCCUGUCAAGUCCCUGGAGGACUUCAAGGCUCGUGUCAAGGCCUAUGAGAGCGCAUAUGUCCCCCUCGGUCUUCAUGAGGAACAGCGAGACUUGCAGUACAUCCAGAUGAUCGAUGUUGGUCGCAAGGUGAUCCACCACCGACUCAAGGGCUUCCUGAGCGGCAGCAUCGCUUCAUAUCUGACAACGUUCAACCUGUCGCCUCGGCAAAUUUGGAUCACUCGACACGGACAGAGCGAGGACAAUAGACUGCAGAAGAUCGGCGGCAAUUCCCAUAUCACAGAUCGCGGCCAUUGCUAUGCGGCAGCACUCUACAACUUCAUGACCCAGAAGCGGGAGGAGUGGCUCAUCGAGCAGAAAGACAGGGUUGCACAAUCUACAUUUCCUCCAAAGGCAGGUGAUAACACUCCUCCUUACCCAGAGAUCUACCAAGAACUUCAGGAGAAGAACUUCUGCGUCUGGACGUCGAUGCUGCACCGGACUAUCGAGACGGCCGAGUAUUUCGACAACGACGAUGAUUAUGAUGUCAAGAACUGGGAGAUGCUCAAUGAGCUGAACGCCGGAUCGUUCGAGGGCAUGACCUACGACGAGAUUGCCGUCAAGUAUCCACACGAGUAUCAGAAGCGCUCCGCCGAUAAGCUCAACUACAUCUACCCGGGACUUGGCGGCGAGGGGUACCUCUCCGUCAUCAGUCGGCUGCGCGACAUGGUGCGCGAGAUCGAGCGGGUCACGGACCACGUUUUGAUUAUAAGUCAUCGCUCCAUCUGCCGCGUCCUGAUGGCCUACUUUAUGGACCUCUCUCGAGAUCACAUCGCCGACCUUGACGUCCCUCUGGGCAUGCUCUACUGCAUUGAGCCGAAGCCGUAUGGGUAUGAGUUCCACGCAUACAAGUACAACGAGCCUGCCGGCUCUUUCGACGAGCUGCCGGACUAUAAGCCGCAGAAGACGACCGACAGAAAUAACUAAUCCGAGGUGGCCGGGUUUCCGCUGGAGCUCUUCGGAGCUGGCGUCUUCAUGGUCUUGUGUGCGCGCGUGUAUAUGUGUAUUGUAUGAUCAAAAGGGUUUUUUCUUCUUCUUUCUUAUUUUUGCGUUUCGCAGGAAACAUAGAGGCCUGGAGUUUUGGGGGAACAGGCUUUGCAUUCACCUGGGCGGGUCUGGUCUGAUGAGCAGCAGUGAGCCUGCUGAUGGCAUUUUUUUUAUUUUUUUUGCAGAACUGAAAGGGUUUUUAUUCUCUACAACCAAGACGUCUCAUUUCUGGGAUUGCAUUAGAAGGAGAAACAAGACUUUGGGCUCCGGGCAGCACUCAAGAGUGAAAUGGGGCGCAGGAAGGCGGUUCACAAGACGCCAUACAAUAGAGUCGUUCUGACUUUUUAGAAAGAGGAAGAGAGGGAGAGAAAGAGCAAGACCCACAUUCGCAAACGCCAGAUUAGGCACUUGAACCAGUCAUGGAGGGGUUGGUGAUCUGCUUCCCAGAAUGGCUUAAGAAAUACAAUGAUUGUG